AUGCGAUGCUCUUAUAAUAUCCAGUUGGACUGGUCAUGGUGCUGGUCAGACCAUGAGGCACCUGUCAGGGACGCGGGAGCCACAGGGAGACCGGAGGGGCGCCGGGGCUCCGACAAGGAGGAUUCGGAGCCGGAGUCGGAGUAUACUUGGAAAGGUGGAUACCAGUGGGGCAAUACGGGGGCGCCGGGGGGGCGCCAGGGGUCCGCAGCCUGGGAAUCGGAACGGAAGAUUGGUGAUCCGUCGCGGGAUUUAGUAGCUUCAAGGAGGGCCUCAGCAGUCAGGGUCAGAGCCACAGCCUGGACUGUUCCAGAGACCGAUGCGACACCCUCAACCGAUUCGCCUCAAACAACACAGGACUUGGUCUCAGAGCUUAGCCCAGAGUCUGCGCCUGAGCCUGAGCCCGGGCCCGAGCCCGAGCUACCAGCGGAGGCUGCGGCCGAGCCUGAGCGAGAAGCUUGGGCGGAAAUCGUACCAGAGCCGGAGCCCGAACCAAAAGAGCCUGAAUCCGCACUAGAUCUCGAGCCCGAACCAGCAGACGCCGAAAACUCUCAGCCUGUUGAUGAAGCUUGGGUGAAGCCCAUAAUAGAGGCUAAGCCCGAUAUACGGUCCAAGAAGGGGAAGAAGGCCAAGAAAGCGAAAAAGGGCGAAAGCCAGGAUGCUUGCUGCUUGUGCUAA